AUGUUAAGAGGUAUAUCAGGACGCUUUUUUAACGGCAGCCGUGCGGCUCGGUCUCUUCGAGCUGAUUUUGUGCGUAGUUUGUUCAUCCAGACGGCCGACACUCCUAAUGAACAUGCUCUUAAAUUUCUCCCUUCAAUGUCGAUUUUGAAAGAAAACGAAACGUUGGAAUUUUUAAGUGGAAGAGAGGCAGCGCGUAGUCCUUUGGCGGUAAAGCUCUUCUCUGUCGAUGGCAUCAAGUCGGUUAUGUUUGGGUCCAAUUUCAUCACCAUAGAAAAACUGGCUAACAGUAACCAAUGGGCCGUGAUGAAACCUGAGAUUUUUCUGAUUUUAACCGAACAUUUAACUACGGGAGCUCCUGUUAUUAACGACGAAUACGAGCUCUCUAACGACAUGGAAAUCAACGAAGAUGACGACGAAGUUGUAGCCAUGAUCAAAGAACUCAUUUUUACCCGUAUACGGCCGGCCAUUCAAGAAGAUGGUGGAGACAUUGAAUUUGCAAAAUUCGAUGAAGAUUCAGGUACUGUGUAUCUCAAACUUAAAGGAGCAUGUAGAUCGUGUGAAUCUUCGUCGGUGACAUUGAAAAAUGGCAUAGAAAGUAUGCUCAAGCAUUAUAUUGAAGAAGUCCAGGCAGUGGAACCUGUUGAAGAAGAAGAAGAAGAACCACUGCUUGUUAUCGAAGAGGUGAAGGUUGCGCCACCACCUCUGUUAUAG